CUCCCCAGCAAGUGCCGUCAUCGCCAAUCGCCAAUCCCCACGGCCACUGUUUCCGGUUCACUUCUCUUCCUUCCACUUUACUCUCUUUUACCCUUAUCCCACCCUUUGUCUUUAUCCCAUUUUUACGCGCCUACGAUAUCUUUGAGAUCAUACACAAUUGAGAUCAUACACAGCACCACACCUGAUCGCGAUCAUUAUCUACUGCCCGCCAUGCGGGAUAGCUCUCUCAAGCGCUCCCUCGGAGCGGACCUCACCCGGUCUCUCAAAGAGUCACGCGUACUUCUUGUCGGCGCAGGCGGCAUCGGCUGCGAGCUACUGAAAAACCUCGUCCUCACCGGGUUCGGCGACAUCCACAUCAUCGAUCUCGAUACAAUUGACCUGAGCAAUCUCAAUCGCCAGUUCCUCUUUCGACACGAACACAUCAAAAAAUCCAAGGCUUUGGUUGCCAAAGAGGUUGCGCAAAGGUUCCGAGCUGAUGCGAAGCUCGAGGCUUAUCAUGCGAACAUCAUGGAUCCCCAGUUCGACGUCCCUUGGUUCGAGUCCUUCAAGGUUGUGUUCAAUGCGCUAGACAACAUUGCCGCGAGACGCCAUGUGAACAGGAUGUGUCUUGCGGCCAAUGUUCCCUUGAUCGAGAGCGGAACUACGGGUUUCAAUGGCCAGGUGCAGGUUAUUAAAAAGUCGGAAACCGCGUGUUAUGAUUGUACCCCCAAACCAACUCCCAAGUCGUUCGCCAUUUGUACGAUCCGCAGCACUCCCAGUCAGCCGAUUCAUUGCAUUGUGUGGGCGAAGAGUUUCCUGUUACCCGAACUUUUUGGGAAUAGCGAAGAAGCGGCACCUGAGAUGGACACCACGACAGACGCGGACAAUGCCGAGGAGAUCGAGGAAUUGCGGAAAGAAGCGCUUGAGUUCAAAGAGCUGCGAAAAUCGAUCGAUACUGAGGAAGCUUACCUCAAGAUUUACGAUAAAGUCUUCCGAAAGGACAUCGAACGCUUACAAGGUAUGAAGGAUAUGUGGAAGACACGGACGCCACCACAGCUCCUUGAUUUUGCGCAAAUGGAAGAGCAAUCUACAUCGAUUCCUCCGACCAUCUCUACAGAAGAUCAAAAAGUGUGGACAUUGGCGGAAAAUCUCACAGUCUUCAGAGACAGCUUGAAACGCCUCAGCCGUCGCUUUAGGGAUCUCCAAGCAAACAACCCUACGGACGAAGCCCCCGUGCUCACAUUUGAUAAGGAUGAUGUGGACACUUUGGACUUUGUUGCCGCAGCAGCUAAUCUUCGGGCUGCUAUUUUCCAUCUCGAACUCAAGUCUAAAUUUGACGUCAAAGAGAUGGCGGGUAAUAUCAUUCCUGCCAUUGCGACCACCAAUGCUAUGACAGCUGCGCUUUGUGUACUUCAGUCGUUCAAGGUGUUCCAAAACGACUUAGCGCAUGCCAAAACGGUGUUCCUGGAGAGAUCUGGUGCUCGUGCAAUCAACUCAGACUCAUUGAACCUCCCAAAUCCCAGUUGCCCUGUUUGCUCCCCCGUAUUGGCUCGGGUAGAGAUUGAUCCCGAAACAGCAACCCUUGGACACCUCGUUGAAGACAUUCUGCAGGGACAGCUAGGUUAUGGAGAGAAUACUAGCGUCACAACAGACACCGGUCUAGUGAUAUAUGAAAUCGAUUUUGACGACAAUCUAAACAAGAAGUUGUCUCAUUUCGGCAUCAAAGGCAAUAGCUUCAUCACGGUCAGGGAUGAUAAUGACCCAGAAGCAAAUGAGCCAGACCCUCGGGUCGACCUUAAUGUGAUGAUCAUUGAAAGAAGUGAGCCACCCUCCACGGACUCGAAGCCCGCAAAGCUGCAGAGUGUGGUCGAAAUCCCUCUCAAGCCUAAGAAGCCGACGCCCGAUGCUACAGCAACGACAGAUGGCGCAACUGCGACUGGAAAGCGCAAGCGUGAGGGCUCGAGCCCUGGUCCGGAGCCAGGUAGCACCCAUGAUACCAAACGACUUGCUAGUGCUUCCGUUCCUGCCUCAAGUGGUAUUGAUGCCACCGUUAUCGAUGAUGAGGAAGGCGGGAAGCGCAAGCAUGAGGGUUCAAAUGAACCCAUCCCUGACUCGAGUGGCAUGGCAGCCAUCGUUAUCGAUGAUGAAGAUGGUGCUAUUAUGAUCGAAGAUUGA